AUGGCGUUUAUCCUUGAUGUUAAGUGUAUGCCAAUCAAAGGCCUAGGAUUUGUUCUUGGAGCCUAUCAGUGUAUCUGCAAAGCAGGAUUCUAUCAUCCCCGUGUCUUCUCAGUGAACAACUUUCAGAGAAGGGGUCCAGAUCACCAUUUUUCAGGAAGCACAAAAGAUGGGUCAGAAGAAGCCCAUGUCUGCCUGCCCUGCAGAGAAGGCUGCUCCUUCUGUGCUGAUGACCGCCCGUGCUUUGUCCAGGAGGAUAAAUACCUUCGGCUCGCUAUCAUCUCCUUCCAAAUCCUGUGCAUGCUGUUGGACUUCGUCAGCAUGAUGGUGGUCUACCACUUUCGCAAAGCAAAGAGUAUCCGGGCAUCCGGCCUCAUCCUGUUGGAAACAAUACUCUUUGGGUCUCUGCUCCUAUACUUUCCGGUUGUUAUUCUGUACUUUGAGCCAAGUACCUUCCGUUGUAUUCUCCUAAGGUGGGUCCGUCUUCUCGGUUUUGCCACUGUUUACGGAACUGUGACUCUCAAGCUUCACAGGGUUUUGAAGGUGUUUCUCUCAAGAACAGCCCAAAGAAUUCCAUACAUGACUGGUGGUAGGGUCAUGAGGAUGCUGGGAGUAAUACUCUUAGUAGUGUUUUGGUUUCUCGUUGGCUGGACUUCUUCUAUGUGCCAGAACUUGGAGAAGGAUAUUUCACUUGUUGGCCAAGGGCAAACAUCUGAUAACCUCACCUUCAACAUGUGCCUCAUUGACCGCUGGGAUUACAUGACAGCAGUUGCUGAAUUUUUAUUCCUCUUGUGGGGCAUUUAUCUCUGCUAUGCAGUUCGAACAGUCCCUUCAGCAUUUCACGAGCCUCGAUACAUGGCUGUUGCAGUUCACAAUGAGCUCAUUAUCACGGCUAUAUUCCAUACAAUUAGAUUUGUGAUGGCCUCAAAACUUCAGUCUGACUGGAUGCUGAUGCUCUAUUUUGCACACACUCACUUGACUGUGACAGUCACCAUCGGGCUACUUUUGAUCCCAAAGUUUUCACAUUCAAGCAAUAAUCCCCGUGAUGACAUCGCUACAGAAGCAUAUGAGGAUGAGUUGGACAUGGGUCGUUCUGGAUCCUACCUGAACAGCAGUAUCAAUUCAGCCUGGAGUGAGCACAGCCUAGACCCAGAAGACAUUCGGGAUGAGCUGAAAAAACUCUAUGCCCAGUUAGAAAUAUACAAGCGCAAGAAGAUGAUCACAAACAACCCCCACCUACAGAAAAAGCGGUGCUCCAAGAAGGGCUUAGGCCGGUCCAUCAUGAGACGUAUCACAGAGAUCCCAGAGACUGUCAGCAGGCAGUGCUCCAAGGAGGACAAGGAGGGCACAGAUCACAAUGCAGCCAAAGGGACAGGCCUUGUCCGGAAGAACCCCGCUGACUCCUCAGGAAAUACCGGGAGACCCAAGGAGGAGUCCCUGAAAAACCGAGUCUUCUCUCUCAAGAAGUCCCACAGCACUUAUGAUCAUGUGAGAGACCAAACAGAAGAGUCUAGCAGCCUACCCACAGAGAGCCAGGAGGAGGAAGCCACAGAAAAUUCGACCUUGGACUCACUGUCAAGUAAAAAACUGACACAGAAGCUCAAAGAAGACAGCGAGGCGGAGUCCACAGAGUCGGUGCCUUUGGUGUGCAAGUCAGCCAGUGCUCACAACCUCAGCUCAGAGAAGAAGCCUGGGCACCCACGCACGUCCAUGUUACAGAAGUCACUCAGUGUCAUUGCAAGUGCCAAGGAGAAGACACUUGGGCUAGCUGGGAAAACCCAGACUUCGUGUAUGGAAGACCGAUCUAAGUCCCAGAAACCUCUGCCAAAAGAUAAAGAGUCAAACAGGAAGUUCUCAAAUCCUGAUAACACAGACAGGAAACAUUCCGGCCUCCCAAACUCCAAUCUCUUGGAGGAGCUAAGAAAGCCUCAGAAAUCCGGGAUUAUGAAACAGCAGAGGAGCAACCUCCCCACUGCCAAUUCUGACCUGAACCCCAGCACCACCCAGAUAAAGGACAAUUUUGACAUUGGGGAAGUGUGCCCUUGGGAGGUUUAUGACCUGACCCCUGGUCCUGUGCCUUCGGAACCAAAAGCUCAGAAACACGUAUCAAUUGCAGCUUCUGAAGUAGAGCAAAACCCAGCUUCAUCCUCGAAGGAGAAGUCCCACCACAAGCCUAAGGCAGCUGAAGAUCUUCAGCAACUCAACCACAAGAGUGUAGAUAAGACAGAGGUGUGCCCCUGGGAGAGCCAAGGCCAGUCCCUUUUGGAAGAUGAGAAUCCACUGCUUUCUAAGACUCCCGUUCUCCCAGGGAAAGCCAGAGAGGAGAACGGAAGUCAGCUCUACACAACCAACACGUGUGCUGGGCAGCAUGAAGAACUGCCCCCCAAAGCCGUGGCAUCAAAAGUAGAGAAUGAAAAUCUCAACCUAAUGGGAGACCAGGAGAAACAGACAUCCUCAGGGGGUAUCAUUCCUGGCUCCUGUAACUCAAGUAAUAACUCCCACCAACCAUUAACAUCACGAGCGGAAGUAUGUCCUUGGGAGUUUGAGACCCUAGAUCAACCAAAUGCUGAAAGAAGUGUAGCUUUACCUGCCUCCUCUGCUCUAAGUGCAAAUAAGAUAGCAGGGCCUCAGAAAUAGGAGGUCUGGGACACUUUCGAAGUGUCGCACCCUGGGAAGAAAAAGGGUAAUCACCGGUGUAUUAGAAAAUAGAUCUGAAAAUCACAAAUUACCAAGAAAUUUUUUGUCAGCCUGGGGAAAUUUGGCACAUGGUGUGGUGAGGUGAAGGCUGGAGAAGGCUGGAAGCAGCUGUACGUCAUAAGGAAGAAGUCUGGCUCAGCCGUGAAAAGCCAUUCCCAGAGCAACACUGGGGAAAGUUGGCAUUUUAAUUUGUUUAAGGGACAUUGCCCCGUCAGUCUUUACCCAUGGGAGUGAAUGGUCCUAAGUAAAAUUAACCAGGAGGCACAGAAGAUGAAGACAUGGAUUCUAAGAUGGGGGAAACUUAGAUAUAUGUGACUGUAAUUCUACGUAGCUGAUUGAAAAGACCUACUUUACCUAUUUAACCUUGGUAGCACUGCUAACUUAAUGCACCCCAAUACCUUUUAUAUAAAUGAUUGCUCUCAUUUUCCUAAAAUGUAUGUUUCAGUACAUUGUUGUGUCUCAUAUUCAAGCAUUCCAGAUUGUAUAAUUUUUGCAAAUAACUUUGAUAUUAUGUGACACAACACAUUUAUGCAAUCCACAGCUACUCAAUUGUCAUUGCAAACUAUCAAAUACCUGCUAUCUAUCAACUGUAGUUGAUUACGGAGUACAGUAAGCUUUCUCUGGCUUAGGAAGCCAUAAUUGUUAUGAUGCAAACUUUUAGUUUGGAUCGUGGUUUAUAUAGUGUAAAGUUGGAUUUGACUCUAUUAUUUCCCAUCAUGGUUUGUUGUAAUGUCUGAAUUUUUUUCAUAUAAGUUGAGUUACUUGUUCUGCACUUCUUGUAGGGACUCUGAAGCUUUAUUAAUCUUGGAGAUCAAAUGGUCCUGCUUAGUCAUAUGUCUCAGUAGGUUAAGGACAACUUAUCCAUUGUUUGUUCCAAGUCCGAGCUAGACCAUCCCAAUGCAUUGUCCUUUUGAACUCUUUCAGUAUUUCAUAUUAGCAUUUCCUAAGGAAGAAGCCGAGUGAAGAAACUGUGCUGUGUUAUUAGCAACGGAAGAAGGAAACUAUGAAUGAUAGCAUAUUGCAGGCCCAGGAAAUUGCCUUUCGAAACAAAUACAGAAAGGUAGCUCCUAAUAGCACUUUCAAGGGAUUAUUUUUAUAAAGAGAAAAAUUAAUGAUAGCAUCAAGAUCAUUGUAUGGAUAUAUUUUUAUUAUGCAUACUGAAAAUAUAAUAUUUUAAAUUACCUUAAAUUAUUUAUUCUCAUAAACUUUUAUUCAUUGCUUCACCUAGGUGUAGAACUUGCUGGGCUCAAAUCCCAAAGAAAUUUUAUAACCUGAUUCACUCAAAGCCCAUAAUCUUAUGGGCUCUUCAUUCUCCCCAGCACCAGAAUUUAGAAGUCCUGUAAACUAUUAUUGCAAGCUGCCUAGCUCAAAAUGCACAGCAUAAAAUUUGUUCCAAAUCCUUGAAGCAUAUCUUAUAGAACUUGCUGCAUUCCAUACUGAUCUCCUAGAGUGAACAUCCUGAGUUGCUGACUUAGCUCUAAGGAUGUUAUCUUGAAAUGAGAUUCCAAAGUUCUGCCACAUUUUAUAUAAAGAUGAAUUACUUAGAACUACAGGCUAGGCUUGCCUUUCUUCCAUCACAAACACUGAACAACUGCUUAUUUGGCCAAGACAUUUCCAGCCAAAGGAACCAUUCUUUCAUUUGGUGAGCAACAAGGAGAAUUUUCUAGCAGGAUGGAAGGUGGGGAUAAGGAAUCAGAGGGUAGAUACAAGGCUGUAAUUACUCUCAGAGGAAGAUAGAAACAGAAUUCUUUGUAUCUAUCACCAAACUUUUCUCAGCGUUUAUUUAUUUUUUUAUUCAGGAGUAAGCAAGCACUUGAAGAGUUGGCAGAGCCAUGUAUAAAUUGCCCUCACCCAUUUGCUUGCUUCAUGCAUUACUCAGGUUGGUGGGGUAGGUUUGGAGAGCUAUAGAAAUUUUAUUUUUAACCACUGCCUUCAUUCAUUUUUAUCAUCCCCUCCUUUGGAUCAAAACCUAUCUGCUAGAUGAUUUUAGAAUACUACCUUGAGGAGUAUUUGUGAACUUGGUUUAGAGUUUCUAGACUCACAUACUUGUUUCACUUGUGUCUGAGAUCUGUUAGCACUUGAUUCGCUUCUGAGAAUUCAGUAGUCACCUGUCACUGGCUUUUAUUACACUUCAGGAUGAUCCUGCUUGACAUGUGGCUUACAGAAGAUUUGCCAAAUUAUACUUUAGUGGCAGUCUGUGCCCCCCCCCAUAGAUUAUUCUCCACUAUCACAAAUCAGUGCAAAUACUUAUGGUCUUUCCUAGCAUUUCAUUGUCAUUACCUAUCACCAAAAGAAAUUGAACUCUGUUGUUCGGGAAGCUCCUUUUCCCAGGCUGAGAACAAUUGAAAGUGCAUAUAAUGUAAAGGUCUCACAAACAUUUGCUAGGUUGUCCUUUUCAAUGCAUGUGCAGGCUGCAUCCUGUCAUUGUUUUAAGCCAGGGUUUAUAAAUAAGUAGAUUUAUAUCAGUCUUAAUAGAAGCGUAUAUUUUAUGCAAGAAUUAAAUGCUUUACAACAUAAAUUAUUACCCCACCCCUUGUAAGCUUCGGUGGCAAUACGGAUUGAAACCCGACAGUUGUCUUGUAUUUGCUUCCUAGGUUUCUGCAUGCAAGUGGUGAUAGGUAGGACUGACAACACACUGCCUUUGACUUCUAGCAUUUAGCAACCGAGAGUUGUAGAGUCAACAAAGCUGUAAGUCUCUUCACUUAACCUGUGGUUCUUCUAAAACUAUUAUCUGAAUCUACAGCAUCCCACCAUGAAAUAUUUGGUAAAUUUAUGUUGUGAUGUGUUGCAGCAUGUAAAUAACUAUAACUUCUCUGCAAUAAAACAUUUAUAUGAAAAUGA